AUGGGAAUACAAGAUGCAUUAAAGUGUUGUGAUUGUGAAGCUGUAUUAGAGGGACCACCCAUCACAUUACCUUGUCAAGAUAUUUUAUGUAACCAAUGUUACGCUAUGAUGAAGGUGCAUGGAGUUAGUGAAUGUGCAAAAUGCUGUCAACUUUUUAAUGAAAACUGGGAACCAGUGCACCAAACAGAGAAAAAAAAUGACAUAGAGAAACUGAAAGGCUAUCAGAAAAGAUGUAAUACAUUUUUCAUGGAUGUUGUAUCUCAGUUGUGUUUUGCUGAUAAUACAGCUCCAUCACAAGAAGUUGUUGAAAAAUUGUUGAGCUAUAUAUUCUUCACAACAAGAGGUGGUGAUCAUCAACGUACAAGAGAUCUGUCAAUAUUUAACACAGGAAUUGAUCCUACCCCAGUGUUUAGAUCUUUCCUUCUACAACUUCUUAUGAGAACAAGUGCAGAUAAUGUGAAAGAAAAUCUAGAACAUUAUUUAACUCAAGCCAAAGAUUUGAUACAAAAGAAUGCAGAUGAUGAAGAUGAGCAGUAUGUUGAGCUGUGCUUGCUUGUUAUACAGUGUCUAGAGGACAUGUAUACCCAAGAAGCAUCUAGAGCAGAUGUUGAUGAAAUAAAAUAUGCAUGUGAUGCAUUACAUCGAGCCAAUCAAAACAUUACAAUGGAAGGGCUUAAUGUAGAAAAGCUAUACGGAUUGGCUAGUGCUAGAAUGGGCCUGGCUAUUACAGCAAGAUGUGUGGCUGAGAUUGUCAUGAAUAAUAUAGAUCCAAGACAUGUUGAUAGAAGAGUUAGAAAACUUAUAGAGACUGCUCAAAUACUGUAUGAGGAAACACAUGUGAAUUGGACAAGGAAAUACCUGGUGAAGCACAUAUGUAGAUGCUACAGUAUUGAUGUUUAUUAUAAAGUUUGUCAAAAUCCAGCACCAUUCCUUAGAUGGAUCAGUAUGAGAGAUGUUAACAGUGAUCAGGUUGUUGAAGUAUCUGAUAGAUAUAUUGUAUGUGGAGAUAAUUAUAAAAGAAUCAGAGAGGCUAUAACAAAGGUUAUCCUUGGUGAAAAUGUUGAACAUCUUUUUGAAACUGUACAGGAGCUUCAAGCUGCAGGAGUUAGAGUAGAGCUGAUGUUACAGCUUGCUGUACAUAGAGAAAUUACAAGCUCAUAUAUAUACCCACAACAACAGAGGAAACUAAAGGCACUGGUAUGUGUAAUUAUUGUAUUCAACACAUUGUAACCUUUAUAAUUGUUA